AUGAAGGUCACAAUCAGUGGUAGCGUCCUUUUGGGCCUUGCAUCUCAUGCACUCGCUGCUCCGGCGAGUGCACAGUCGGACGCCCAAGCUGCCGACUCGCGAGCUCAGGAAGUCAAGAGUGUUUUCCAGGAAUCCUGGGCGGGAUACUACCGCUAUGCGAAGGGACACGACGAGCUCCACCCUCAGCGCAAGAACUGGGAAGACGAUCGAGAUGGCUGGGGCCUGACUGCCUUUGAUGCUCUCAGCACAGCCAUUGUUAUGCGCGACAACACCACGGUAGCCAAUAUUCUCGACAUCAUUUCUAAAGUGGAUUUUAGCACUACGAAGAAACAGAAUGACAGAAUCUCUGUCUUUGAGACUACCAUUCGCUACCUUGGCGGCAUGGUUGCCUCUUAUGACCUUCUCACCGGCCCCUACAGCGACCUUUUGAAUGGCAAGAGUGCCAAGCUGCUGUUGGAUCAGGCCAAGACCCUUGCGGAUGGCCUGUCUGUUGCAUUCGAUACUCAGACUGGUAUUCCCGACCCCACGGUCUACUUCAACCCCAGUAAGAGAAAGAGUGGCACCAACCGCAACAAUGCUGCCGAGAUUGGCACUCUGAUCCUUGAGUGGACGCGCCUCAGUGACCUGACUGGCGAUGGCAAGUAUGCCAAAUUGGCUCAGAAAGCCGAGGACUAUCUCCUUCGGCCGACUGGUGCACCUGAAGCAUGGCCUGGUCUGAUUGGCACUUGGGUUGGCAUCAACGACGGCAAAUUCCAGGAUAGCAACGGUGACUGGGCCUCCUACAUGGACAGCUUUUACGAGUACCUCAUCAAGAUGUACCUGUUUGACCCCAAGUCAUUCUCCGAGCACAAGGAUCGAUGGGUCAAGGCUGCCGACUCGACCAUUGCCCACCUCGCGUCUCACCCGUCCACCCGAUCUGAUCUCACAUUCCUCAAGUCCUACAGCGGCCAAAACACCAAGGCCGAGUCGGAGCACCUGGCUUCCUUUGCAGGCGGCAACUUUAUCCUGGGCGGCAUCCUCCUCAACGAGGACAAGUACAUCAACUUUGGCCUGCAGCUGGCCGAGUCGUACUACCAGACAUACAAGACGCCGAGCGGCAUCGGCCCCGACGGCUUCCAGUGGGUGGACGCGCAGCAGGGCGGCAGCAGCCCGCCGGGCGACCAGGCGGCGUUCUACAAGACGUCGGGCUUCUGGGCCUCGUCGCCGGGCUGGGGCCUCAACCCGGAGACGAUGGAGUCGCUGUACUAUGCGUACCGCGUGACGGGCGACCGCAAGUACCAGGACAUGGCGUACGAGGGCUUCCGCAACAUGAAGCGCGUGUGCAAGUCGGGCGCCGGCUACUCGGACAUCAACAACGUCAUGGACAAGAACGGCGGCGGCUUCAACGACCGCAUGGAGAGCUUCUGGCUGGCCGAGACGCUCAAGUACAUGUACCUCAUCUUUGUCGAGGACAGCCCCGUGCACGUGCGCGGCAAGGGACAGAAGACGGACUUUGUGUUUAAUACAGAGGCGCAUCCGAUUCGCGUGCGUCAUUAG